GCACGUUUCAUACUAACCAGUUUCAAAACAAUUACAUAAGGAAAGCCUGUUUGAUACUACAAAUGCGAUACAAUCACGACAGACGUCCAAAGAAAGAGGGCCUUCACCAAACUGUCUUCUCGAAUCAAAGGCCCAAAUAAGCUCUCAGUUCUACUUGAAUCAAUAUACGCUUGUAACAGAAAACCAAGCACACUUUAUUUGAAAAGAAAGGAGUAUUCAUCACGGGGAUAAAAUCUUCACCACGCAGGUGAUUUCGAGAACGAUCAGAAAUACGAUGUCGUCAAAUUCUACAGAUGACAGCCCUUUUGCCUUUUCGCCUCAAACAGUUCCUGCUUUAGUUUUUAUGGUGUUUAUUUUACCGAUUAAUGGCGGUGUCAUUUUUCUUAUUGCCUCGUAUUCGUCCUUACGAACGCCAAGCAACAUCAUCUUGGCCAGUUUAGCUGUAUCAGACUUCUUGGUAGGUCUGGUUGGAAUUCCACUCCUCUUGGCAUGUACCUAUACUUAUAUAUCUCCCAUUUGUAUAAGCUCAUAUACUUUUUUCACAUUCAUGGCCCUCUCCACCGUGCUUCACAUCACUGUGAUGACCUGCGAUCGUUACAUCUACAUCGUAUGGGCGUUACGCUACCGCGAUAUCGUCCAUCGUAAAAGAGUUUUGAUCGUCCUUGGCAUUACGUGGUUUCUCAGUCUCACCUCUUUGGUUCGACUUUCAUGGACUUGGAACCUCAAUAUAGAAACAGCCCCAGAGGACCUGGAACCUAUGCACCAGAAGGAGACUACACUAUUUCUGUUUAACGUCAUCGUAUUUUUUCUGAUUCCACUCAUUAUCAUGAGUGUACUUGAUACCCACAUGCUGUUGCUGCUUCGAAGUCAGUGUCAGAGAAUUGCACGUGAGAAUUUGCCCACAGAGUUUGAGAAACGCGAGAGGAAGCUUCAAAGAAGGCGCCAGAGAGCUGUUUUAACUUGUGUUCUCCUUCUCACACUGUACGUCAUCUUCUGGCUGCCUUAUUUCAUAUUGGAAAUCGUGCAACAGACCCAUAAUGAUAAUUUACAUCCAAUGACUGUUUUCGCUAUCUAUUACCUUAGGCUAUGUACGUCAAUGUUCAACCCACUUGCGUACACUUUAAGGAAAAGAGACCUUAAAAGUAAAGUUCGAUAUAUCGCUUAUAACUUGUUUCCUAAGCUAGCGGCGGAUACUGUCGAGAACCGCACCGACCAAUUUCCUCUUAGUAGUCGAACAGAUUUGUAAGUCCAGUAUUACUUUAUUAUUUCCAAAGUAGCCCAUCACCGCAAACACUCUGGUUAGUCAAGAAACUGUUGUUUGUUUCUUUGUAAACUCGAUGUGGCAAAUUUGAAAAUUUCCAAUUAACAUUGUAAAAACGAUUAACUGCCUCUUUAUCGAUCCACGCACGAUUUUGGGAGAGCGGUUAACAACAAACCUGUUAUCGUGUUCUUCCAUCGUCGCCUAUAGAUUCGUGUGUGAUUUGAUCCUUACCGAGUCCGGUCCACGUGGCUAUAUUUAGAACAUGAGACUCAAAGAUCGAUAAAGGGCGACGCCAAGUGAUGGCGGGAAAAUGCGUAUUGUACACGCCGGCUUGUGGCGGUUUACCACAUCAUGACAUUAAUACUUUGUUCAUUGAUGAAUAUAUAUUUCUAAGAAACCCAGUACUGUUUAAAUAUACCCUAACAUAUUAAGACAAAGUAAGUAGUUUUAGUGGGUAGGUUGGAAUAUGAAAAAAAACAAUUUUUUGUUUUUUUUCAGUUUCUUAAAUUAUCAAAAUCGCAUAGGACUAUAUAGGUAUCAUUGAUUAACUAGAACUGCGAUGGAGAGUUCUGUUUCGAUCGCUUGAAAUAACUAAAGUUAUGAGGGACUUUAAGGCUUGCAAAAUAUCUAUGAAAGUGCUUUGCACUGCUCAUAAACCAAUGAGAAUGUAGUUAUUGGGGUGAGAGUGGAAAGGGGGUGGGGGGGG